AUGGCCAGGGAUAUCAAACCUUCGCUACUCUCUUCUCUAGUGGUGCUGCUCUUCCUUUUAUUUGCUCAAUCCUCAAAUGCAACCAACAAAAUUGUUGAAGUGAACAAAAUUUGCAACGCAACCCUAAACCCUUCAUUUUGUUCAAAAAUUCUAAACUCAAAACCCGGUGGUACAAACCGUGCAGAUCUAAUUACCCUUGCAAAAUACACAAUUGGUGUUGUUCGUUUCAACGUUACAAACACAAUUAGGCUCAUUAAGUCUCUGAUAAAAAAUUCAACUAAUUCAGAUGCGAAGGAUCAUUACCAAUUGUGUUUGACACAUUUCGAUUACGAGGAAGGCGCAUUAGGCGAAGUGGUAUACGCUGAGAAAAUGCUGAAGGCGAAGGAUUACCAAGGUGUUAAUGUUGCUGCUUCUGGUGUUAUGGCGACGGUUGAAGGUUGUGUUUCUGGUGAUUCACCAAGUGAUCCUGUUUUUCCUGAUCAUUCUUCGCUACCCAAAUAUGCUGAAUAUGUGGAGCAAGUUGCUGAUAUUAUUUGUGUCAUUUGUAACUAUUUGACGGGGCGAAAGCUAGUGCACUCAAGUGAAAUCAGACAUGAAGAAGAUAGAGGAAGAGGGCGCUAUAUGCGGAAUCCUAGACUUGUAUUCUUUGUUCUGUUGGUUUUGUCAGGGAUAUUGAUUACUAUGCAUUUUCGGGAUUUAGAAACGGUUCCAUAUACCAAGAGAACCCGCUGCAUUUUGUUAUCUAAUGACAUGGAGAGGCAACUUGGUGAGGCUGAAUUCGAGAACAAGAAGGCGAGUUUCAAGGGAAAGAUCUUGCCUCCCAUACACCCUCAGAGUGUGAGGAUAAGGAUGAUAUCAAUGGAAAUCAUUGAUACCUUGCAGAGAGGGUUGAGCAAGGAACAAGUUUGGAGUGAUGUUGGUUAUGUCACAGGGUUUGAAGGGGAUACUGAGGAGACUUUGAAAUCGUUGACUAAUGCUAGUGCUUAUUGUAAGGCAGAGAGUGGUUGGCACAAGGAAGAUGAAAUCCUUGAUGACAGUUGGGUUCAGCAAAUUAGAAAGAAAGGGCCAGCUGCCUCCCAUCUGGAUGGAUUGAAUUGGGAGGUGCUUGUUGUCAAUGAUUCGGAAGUCAAUGCCUUUUGGCUACCUGGUGGUAAGAUUGUUGUAUACACCGGAUUGUUAGAGCAUUUUAAGAGUGAUGCUGAGAUUGCCACUAUAAUUGGACAUGAGGUUGGUCAUGCUUUGGCCCGACACACCGCUGAAUAUGUGACGAAGAAACUGUGGUUUGCUAUCCUGCAGUUUAUUCUUUAUCGAUUUGUCACCCCCGAAAUCGUCACCAUAGUGUCUUUUCUUCUCUUGAAGCUACCACUCUAUCGACUGAUGGAAAUGGAAGCGGAUUACAUUGGCAUGCUCUUAAUUGCUUCCACCGGAUAUGAUCCACGGGUGGCACCCACAGUGUAUGAGAAGCUGGGAAAAGUUAAGGGUGAGUGGGCACUUUGGGACUAUCUCUUCACUCAUCCAUCUGGAAGAAAGAGAGCAGAGUUGCUCUCCCAGGCCAAAAUAAUGGAAGAAGCAUUCACUAUAUACAAGAAUGCUAGGUCUGGAAGAUGUAUUGAAGGAUUUGUUUGGACCAACAAAACUUAUAUUGCCACACCAGAAUCAACAAAGAACCUGUAG